AUGCCACCAUUGGAGAUGGCCUUGUCAUGCAUUCAGGAGCUGAGGUUAUCAUCAUCAGUCAGAUUUCUAUGGACGUGGGAUAUCGACACUAUCGGCCAGCUUCUUGAGAUCACCACAAAAGUGUACACUGGUAAAGCUUCCGACGCGGAGCUGAUAAUUGUCAACUCCACUUUGUCUCGCCUGCUACCGAUAUGCACUGGUGACGGGGAUACAGUACCAGCGCAGGUCGUCCUUGAACCCUACAUCAGGCAAUGUCAGAUCAAUCUCGAUGCCCUUCUCUGCAGUAUUCCGUUCAACCUCAAACCAGACUUUAACAACGCGCUUGCGUUUUAUCACGCCGUGAGUUUUCUUCCCGCUUGUUACAGAUGCUGA